AUGGCUAACGACAUGACCUCAGAGCUGGGCAGAAGGAAACGAGUAGCUUGGGGAGCAUACAAGAUCAUCGAGGAUGUAGAGAAGAGGACUAAGAACAUCUGGUUCUGUGCUCUCCUAUUCGACACCACCGUUCUUUCUGCUUUGACCUACGCUUCAGAAACAUGGGCGUUUCGCAAGCAAGACCGCUUUGCGCAAAUGAAAGGUGGGAUUCGAUGUUCUUCCCUAAGUCACCGAUCGAAGAUCAGAAACGCUGCCGCAUCUGCCAAGGAAAGCAAAAUUAGAUAG